ACACUUCUCGCCGUAGCUGUUUGCAGGCGGUUAGCUGUUGUAACACGCCAUCUAUUUUUGUCACCACUGUUGGACUGACCGUAAUGGAAGACCUUGGAGUCACCGAGGAGGCAGAAAAGCCCAGACAUCGGCCUUUCUUAAUUGGUGUUAGCGGAGGAACGGCCAGCGGAAAGUCAACGGUAUGCGCCAAGAUCAUGGAGCUGCUGGGGCAGAACAAAGUGGACCACCGCCAGAGAAAAGUGGCCAUCAUCAGCCAGGACUGUUUCUACAAUGUGCUGACUCCAGAACAGAAGGCUAAAGCCCUUAAAGGACAGUACAACUUUGAUCACCCGGAGGCAUUCGAUAAUGAAUUAAUGUACAAAACCUUGAAGGACAUCGCGGAGGGGAAGGCGGUUGAGGUGCCAACAUAUGACUUCGUCACUCAUUCCAGGUUGGAAGACAGGAUCACCGUUUACCCUGCAGACGUUGUCCUCUUUGAGGGCAUCCUUGUUUUCUACCCCCAGAAAGUGCGCGAGAUGUUCCACAUGAAGCUGUUUGUGGACACGGAUUCAGACGUCAGGUUGUCCCGAAGAGUGCUGAGAGACAUGAACAGAGGGAGGGACCUGGAGCAGAUUCUGAAUCAGUAUACAACAUUUGUAAAGCCCGCGUUUGAGGAGUUUUGCCUGCCUACUAAAAAGUAUGCAGAUGUCAUCAUUCCAAGGGGGGUUGACAAUAUGGUGGCCAUCAACCUCAUCGUGCAGCACAUCCAAGAUAUUCUGAAUGGUGAUAUUUGCAAGUGGCAGCGUGGAAACAUCAAUGGCCAUGGACGAGGCUGCAAAAGGGGGACCUUUGAGCAGAGCGACCUGCAGAACGGAUCCACUAACCCUCCCACUAAGAGGGUCCUGCUGGAGCCCAGUAGUCGGCCUCACUGAGACUGGGAGAUGUAGAUGUGUGUGAAGGAGUGGGAACAGACAGGUCAAGACUGUGGAGCUCGAGUGAGAACUGCUGCUGCUGGGUACACUUCAGUUUUGGGUAAUAUAUCAGUGAUUCAAUGUGACGGCUAAUGAAAUCUGCAACCAUGUUUUAUGAGUUAUUAACAGGGUUCCUACAUAGUCUGGAAAAGUAUGGAAUUUGAUUUCAGUAUUUUCCAGGACUGGAAAGAUAUGGAAAAGGAAAAUAGGUGUAUGGAAAAAACUUUUUAAUUUCUAGAGUUUAAUCCUGAUCUCAUUGUCUAAAUCUCGAGUCCUUCCUCCUCCUCCCUACCCUACGCCCUUCUUUCUUCCAUUCAAUUCUUCAUUUUCUUCUGUUCUACAGGUUUCCCUCCCUCUUUCUUGUCUGUCCUUCCUUCCUUGUAUGCUACCUGCCUUUAUUUGUUCCUUCUAUCUUUCUUUCCUUCCAUCCUUCAUCAAGCACCCUUCCCUCUGUCGUUCCAUCCUUGUGUCCCACCUACCUUCCUUGUUUCUGGUUUUCCAGGUUCCAUAUUUAAAGCCUGCACACUCUGGAAAUCUCAACCAUAAACUCAUUGUAAACUAUAGUAUUUUAUAUUUGAAAAUGAACAUAAAUGACUAAAAACUCUAGAAUGUUGAGUCUGGAGAAGUAGGAGGUCUUUAUGUCAUAGGUAAUCAGUAUUCUCAUAGGCUUUGUCACAUUGUUUUGCUUUUUAAAUGGAUAAAUAACCUGUUACCCAACCAGGUCUUAUAAUUGAUAGUAAAAAUGUUUAUUUUUAGUCGUGCUUUUGCACUUUUAAAAGUGACCAUGCAAGUAGACUGACUUUACCUUCCUCGCUAAAUUUAGAAUAAUAUAUUUUAAAGUUAACUAUGUGGUAUUUGUAUUAAUUAUAUUCCUAAACUACCUUGCAAAAGUAUUCAGAUCGAUUUAACUUUAUUGCAUUUUGCCACAUUACAAGUGGAUUUUAUGACAAGCACAUAUUGAGUGAUUAAAGAAAAAUAUGUGACUUUUAAAUCCGGUGUGAUAUGCAUUUGUAUUUACCCCCCUUUGCUCCCAAUACCUCUAAAUAAUAUCCAGUGCAGCCAGUUGUCUUAGGGAGUCAGUUCAUUUGAAUACAACUGCUCUGUGAAGGCAUCUGAGGUUUGCUAGAGAACAUCAGUGAACAUAAAGCACUACGGAGACCAAGGAGGAUACCAGACAGUCCCGGGAUAAGGCUUAAAGGAAGGUUGGGAUAUAAAAAUCUGAACAUCUCAGAGCACUGUUCAUUAAUAAAUUUGAAAGCAUAAACAGCAAUCCUACCAAAACCCAUAAAAUACAUUUUUUUUUUGUCUUAAAUGCACAGCGCUACGUAUGUCGGGGCGACAGCAUCGAGCUGUCAGAGAUAACAGGAAGAUAAAUGGAGCUAUAUACAGAGCAAUUUGGAGAGAAAACCUGUUAAGAGGCUGCAAAAGAUUUGAGACUGGGGUUCAAGUCCAGACCUUAACCUCUUGCUUGCAUCAGUCAGUGUGAAUAAGGAGAUGCUAAAUUAAGUAGAAGGAUUUGGAUGUAGUGUAUACAGAUGUAGAUUUAGGAACAACUCUGAUGAGCUUCCAAUAUGAUGAUCUGUAUGUGUGGACUAUGCAUCAACUUUUAGGCCAAGGUGUGAAUUCAAUUGAGAAUGUGUGGCAGGACUUUAAAAUUAGAUGGGUGGCAAUGGUGAAGAAUAAAUAUCUCUGUCUUUAGAUAUUAAAAGCUGCUAAAGACGUACCCUUAAUGUCAAUGAUGAGUCAGGGGCGCUGAAUACAAAUGCUCACCACACUUUUCAGAUUUGUAUUUGCUGAUGCUUGAAAAAUCAUACAUUUUCCUUCUCAAUUACCACUUUCUUGGUCUUGACAGAAGAUUCUGUUGAAGUACGUUUUUGGCUGUUGACAAAAUGUAUAGGAAGUUAAAAGGAUAUGAAUACUUUUGCAAGGCAAGUGGAAGAAUGAAUCUAGAGCACUUUGAUUAUCAUUUUCAGCCAAGUCUGUCUUAUUUUUUAUUUUCAACUGUUUUUGUACAGCGGUGUGCAUCAAUAAAUGGAAACCUCUUUUGAAGUA